CUUUAGUGAGGGAGUGAGUUGUUCACACACGCAUCGCAUCUGCCUGCUGUAAGCUUGGUUCUCUUCUACCACUGAGGAUACAAAGCCAUCUCACUCUCCCAAAUCUAAUACUAUGGCUUCAGUCAUGCAGAAACUCAUUACCCCCUUGUCCAGCGGCCCAGCUGAACCUCCCACCAACAAGGUGACUGUGGUUGGAGUGGGGCAAGUAGGUAUGGCCUGUGCUGUUAGUGUCCUUCUCAAGGACUUAUGUGAUGAACUUGCCCUGGUUGAUGUGCUUGAGGACAAGCUAAAAGGAGAGAUGAUGGACCUCCAGCAUGGCAGCCUCUUUCUCAAGACUCACAAGAUAAUUGCUGAUAAGGACUACUCAGUGACAGCAAAUUCUCGCAUUGUGGUGGUGACAGCUGGUGUGCGUCAACAGGAGGGAGAGAGCAGACUUAACUUGGUGCAGAGAAAUGUCAACAUCUUUAAGCACAUUAUUCCUCAGAUUGUCAAAUACAGCCCCAACUGCAUCCUCAUUGUGGUGUCCAACCCAGUGGACAUCAUGACCUAUGUAACAUGGAAGUUGAGUGGACUGCCCAAGCACCGAGUCAUCGGCAGUGGCACAAACCUUGACUCUGCCCGUUUCCGCUUCAUCAUGGCUGAGAAGCUGGGAAUCCAUGCCAGCAGUUUUAACGGCUACAUCCUGGGAGAGCAUGGAGACUCCAGUGUGCCAGUAUGGAGUGGCGCUAACGUAGCUGGAGUAAACCUGCAGAAGCUUAACCCUGCCAUCGGCUCUGAUCAGGACUCUGAGAACUGGAAGGAUGCUCACAAGAUGGUGGUGGACAGUGCUUAUGAGGUCAUCAAGCUGAAAGGCUACACUAACUGGGCCAUUGGAAUGAGUGUGGCUGAUCUGACUGAAAGCCUGGUAAAGAAUCUUAGCAGAGUCCAUCCAGUGUCCACCAUGGUGAAGGGAAUGUAUGGCAUUGGGGAGGAAGUGUACCUGAGCCUGCCCUGCGUGCUGAACACCAGUGGUGUAGCCAGUGUGAUUAACAUGACCCUGACUGAUGCUGAGGUGGGCCAAAUUAAGAAGAGUGCUGACACCCUCUGGAACAUUCAGAAGGACCUAAAAGAUCUGUAACAUCUUGUAUCAUUAACACACACUCCCAGCCAAAAUCACACACUCCAUCCACAUUUUACUUUUCUAACCAAUCAUAAUACACACGUUUCCUACUUUGUUAGACGUGGCUAUAUUUUUGUCUUCGCGUUCGCGUCAGUAAUUUUUUUUGUAAUGAAGAGGAAUAUUUCUUUGUUCAAAGUAAAGAGCAAUAAAAAGAUCACUAGGCAUUAAUAAUAAUUGCACUUGAGCCUUUAAGACCUUUCUUUUUUAUCAAGAAUGAAGCUCAGCAAUCAGUUUUUGAAUAACAACAUGCAAAAGGUGGGUUUUUCUGUACAACUGCAAAAACAAUCAAAUGAGUAGUUGAGUGAAUAAAUGAGUAAACAAUGA